AGUGAACGCACCGGCUCCGCCCCCCAUCUCUAGCCGCUACGCCCGCCCGCGCAGAUCCAGAGCGCGGCCGCGAACGAAGAUGGCGACCGCCAUGUACUUGGAGCACUACCUGGACAGUAUCGAGAACCUUCCUUGUGAACUUCAGAGGAAUUUCCAGCUGAUGCGAGAGCUGGACCAGAGGACAGAAGAUAAGAAAGCGGAGAUCGACCUCCUGGCCGCAGAGUACAUCUCCACGGUGAAGACCCUGUCCGCGGAGCAGCGGGUGCAGCACCUGCAGAAGAUCCAGAGCGCCUACAGCAAGUGCAAGGAGUACAGCGAUGACAAGGUGCAGCUGGCCAUGCAGACCUACGAGAUGGUGGACAAACACAUUCGGAGGCUCGACGCGGACCUGGCGCGCUUCGAAGCGGACCUGAAGGACAAGCUGGAGGGCAGCGACUUUGAGGGCUCUGGAGGACGAGGCUUAAAAAAAGGUCGGAGCCAGAAAGAGAAGAGAGGCUCCCGGGGCCGAGGCAGGAGGGCCUCAGAGGAAGACACUCCAAAGAAAAAGAAGCAUAAAGGGGGGUCCGAGUUCACCGACACCAUCCUGUCCGUGCACCCCUCCGACGUGCUCGACAUGCCUGUGGACCCCAACGAGCCCACCUACUGCCUCUGCCACCAGGUGUCCUACGGGGAGAUGAUUGGCUGUGACAAUCCGGAUUGUCCGAUCGAGUGGUUCCACUUCGCCUGUGUGGACCUGACCACGAAGCCCAAAGGAAAAUGGUUCUGCCCACGGUGCGUCCAGGAGAGGAGGAAGAAGAAGUAAGGCAGAGGCCGAUGCCGGGGCCAGAAAGCAAGUUGAUACACUCCGUCAUUUGCGUUGCAAUAUUUUAUCUUCAUCUUAAAACUACCUUGAUUCGAACAAUAUUUAAUGACAAUGGCCAGUUGUAAUUCCGGAUAUUUCCUAACACCAACAAGAACCCCCCUGAGCCCUGUUUGCACAGAGGAGGGGUCUUAUGGGGACUUGCCACGGGACUCUGUUCUCGUGACUUUCUGUACAGACCCCGGCACUGAGCACAGCGGUCCCACCGGGAGCCCGAGUGACUCCGUGGGCGUGCCAGCAGGGAGCAGACACUGCCAUCACUGCGCAGCUGCAGCUGUGAGCCUGGCGUGGCCCGCGGUGUCCGAGGCAGCCCUGGGAGCCCGCCCUGCGUGCCUCGUCUGUCCACGCUGAGUGCGUGCAGUGUGGGGGGGGGCCUGCCGGAGGGCACCCUUCGGACCGUGCGGCGGAGCUGGCAGCCGCGUGGGAAGUGGCCACUCCUCCCCGCAGCCGCUCCGCCGGGCUGUGCACUGCCCCUUCCUCCGGACUGCUGGCUCCUCCUGAGGCUUUACUGUCUGGAGUAAACACGGGGGGUUGGCAGGCGGGCCGGCGGUCACCACGACCAGUGCAGUCGAGGGACAGCAUCACGGACUGGCCGGUGUUCCGUGUCUCUGGGAAUUCCGAAUGUUUUUACUGUGAAGACGAAGUCAUUGUAGCCGCAUGAAGACAGUGGGUGUGUGUGUGCAGUGAGUCCAGUCUACUGAGAGCCGACUUUGAACCUGUUUGUGUUGCGCCCUGGGUCGGCAGCUUGUCCCAGGGACUACAAUUAUGUGACGUGAUUUGUGAAUUUCUUGUGCCACUGUAGCAGUUCUGGAAUGCAGUUAGGAAACUAGUAGGUACUUUGUGUUCAGUCCACACUCACCAAACCGAUUUCGGACCACCUCUCUGGUACUGCUUGGGGGCGUGGCACGCCCGUGCCGUGCUGACAGCCACGUGUGACGGCACCUGGGGCGUGGCUCCUGGGAGCACCCCCGGACUCUCCGGGACCCACCCCACGUGAUCCAGGCCGGUCAGGUGCCUCCUGCCAGGGAAAGAGCCCAGGAGGUGAAGUCGAGGAGUGAAACGCCUGGCGUCAGAAGGAUCUCACCCUCCUUGUCAGGGGGCCCGGGGGUGGCCCGCUGCCCCCUCACCGUGGCCUCUCCCGGCUUCCCGUGUUUAUCCAAGGGGAGGGAGCAGGGCAGAGCAGGUGGCGAAACUGCGUUCUAGACCAGCCGCUCCCUGCAGAUGAGUCAACGUUUGGCCACCGGGAGUGGGUGUCAGGGCAGCUGGGGCCCAGCUGGAGUCUGCAGUCUGCAUGGUCUUAGCCUGCCCGGGACGUGUCCAGACUGCUGUCCUUUCUGGAGUGACCCUAGGGGGCAGGACUUGCUUUCCAUGGACUGCGGGUGGGUCACCUCAACUUGCCUGACUCUGCCUGCCUCGGGCUGGUGGUUGGGGAGGGUCAGCAGCCGCCCGGCGAACGCCCUCAGACCCUAAGCCGCCCGGCUCCGAGGGAGGAGGUGGGCGCGCAGGAACGUGAGGCCCGUUUGUGUUGAGGAGCUCGGCUCCCCGGGACAGGCGUUGAAAGGCUGUGGGGAUCAGUUGGGGGUGCUUCUCCUUCACCCCUUCAGCAGUUUCUGUGGACAGGAUAGGUAAGUACAGUAAGCCUGUGAUGAUGUUUUAGAAGCUAGUUUAAUAUUUGCACUUCAUCUCUGAACAUGCCUGAUGUUGCCGUGGGAACACAGUGUUUGUGGGUGCAGGUCGAUGGCCGGCCGGUUCUGAUUGUCUCCUGGAUUCCUAGGCCGUGCUCCUUUCCCAGGAAAGUCGGUCGACCUCUGUCGUAGCUUUUCUUUCAAGUUCAGCGUUGUCAUCCUGGUUGUCGCUUGGAGCAUCCCGUGUGUCCACCUUUUCUAACUUUCUGUGCUUAGCUAGUGCUUACUUUUGCCAGUUGCAGGAAUAUCACCCCGAUAAGAUGCAGGCAGCUCUGACGGAAGUGGAAGAUGUGAGCAUGAUAGGAAGGUGCCCUGGGACAUUGUUUGGGUGAUGGCUAGAUGCCGUUCCCGACCGUUACUACCUUCUGAGUCGGAAAGACGCCAGAGUGGCUGUUUGGUUGGGAAAGAAUGUCUGGCCAGACCCCCUUCAGUGCCUGCUGGGCCCACAUCGGCUCCUGGGCACAGCUGUAGGGCCACCCCCAUCCCCCGGGUUGCAGGAUCUGGGCUGGGCCCUUUGAGUGAGGGGGCGGCCUCCGUGGCUGGGAGUUUACCGGUGAGGGGAGCAGUAUCUUGUUCAGAGAAGCAGAACCAUUUUCCUUGUUCUCAGUGCUGCGUUCUCAGCCAGCAGUUUGAGAAGCCUCCUCGUUCUCCGACAGGACGCACCUGCACCGACCAACAUGCUGUCGGGCUGAGCCCGGCAUCUCUGGCUGGGCUGAGGCCUGCGUGACUUCCCCACUGUGCAGGCUGGGCCCCCGGGGGGUGGACGAGACCAGGACCCCCCAGGGUCCUGGGAGCCCGUGGGGCAAGGUGUGCUGGGAUGCAUGGGGACAACAGCCAGCCGUGUGUCGGUGCCGUUCCUGAUGGCCCCACUGCACUGCCUCCUGCCCCGUCCCUGGCAGCCCUCGGCGGGGGCUGCUUCGAGCAAUAACGCUGUCCACGUGCCACAGCCAGGGCCUGCCCGUCGCCGGACUUGGGCACCUCUCGUGGGCGUUGCAGGGUUGAAGUGUCCUCAGUGCCUGGCGAACGGCAGCUGGCCAUCACUGCUGUGCUGAGAGGUGUCUGAAACGGGACAUCUAGGAAAUUCUCUCGUUCAGGAGAGUUCUGUGAAGUUUCUUUCUGUGUGUGUGUUUUGUGGUGUUCACCUUUACCACACUUCAUCCAAAAAGAUGAUGCAGCUUUAACACGAAUGUUACAUUUUAUUUCCAAGGAAUUAUUAUCUGUGUUUCCUUUGUAAAGGAAAGAUAAUAUUGUCUUUUUAUUAAAUAAUGUAAAGAUGUAUAUCUGUAUUUUUGGAUCAUGUUAUAGAUUAUGGAUAUAUUGUUUAAUAAAUAAAGUA